AGAUUUUACUUCCAUUAAGGAUGCUAUUUUGUCAGUUGAAGCAAAUCGUUCUACACUUGCUGACUGUUAUAUUAAUUUGAUGAGAAUUGCUGCGGCAAUACAAAAUCUUCCUACUGAAGAAUAUAGAGGAUUUCGCAAUUAUUGUAUUAGAAAGUUUGAUCAAUGGUUUGAAGAAUUUAAUGAUCCUGCUUAUCAACUUACAUAUUUUCUUCACCCAGCAUACAAAGGUAUUGGAUUAAAAUUUGGUACAUUUUCUUUAAUUGCAAGUUAUGCUGGAAAGUUAUGGCAACAAAUGGGCAAAUCUCAAGAAAGUUGUAAAGCUUUAAUUACACAACUGCAUUUUUAUAAAGGGCAAGAACAAAAUAUAAAUAGAAAUCCAAAUCCUUAUGUUGCCCUUUAUACAAUUGAUCGAUUAGAAGGGCUGGCAAAAGUUUAUCGGUUCAAUUUAUCAAAUCCUAUAGAUCAACUUCGUCAUACUCAAUUUAUAGUAAUAACUCCUGAAAUAAUGUCUGAUAUUGCAGAAACAGUUUUUAAAGAAUUUGAAGAAGAAAGAUUAGUGGAAGAAGAAGACAUAGAAUUGUCUAAUCCUACUGAAGAUCUUUAUUCUAAUGAAAUAGAUUUAAAUUUGAAUGUUUUAAGUUUUAUUAAUCUUCGUUCUUUAGUUUUUACAAACUCUGAAGAUCGUUAUGAAAAUGAGGUGUCAAAUGAAAUUGAGUCAGAUGAUGAUUUACAAAAAAAUGAAUAUGAUGUAGAUGAAAUUAUUUCUAGACAGUUCAAUGAUUCAUAUUAG